UGGACUCAUUGGUCGCAGCUGGGCCAUGGUGUUUGCUGCUGGAGGCUUCAAAGUGAAACUUUAUGAUAUUGCACAGCAGCAGCUAACAAGUGCACUGGAAAAUAUUCGCAAACAAAUGAAAGAGAUGGAGAAGUCGGGAUUCCUGAAAGGAGCUUUGAGUGCGGAACAGCAAUUGGCUCUCAUUAGCGUUUGUACAGACCUGAAGGCAGCAGUAGAGGGUGCUACUUUCAUUCAGGAGUGUACUCCAGAGAACCUGGAACUGAAAAAGAAGAUUUUCAGUCAGUUAGACCUCAUUGUGGGUGACAAUGUUAUCUUGAGCAGCUCAACCUCUUGUCUCUUACCCAGCAAACUGUUCACUGGCCUUAAACAUGUUAAGCAGUGUAUUGUGUCACACCCCGUAAAUCCACCUUACUUUGUGCCGUUGGUUGAAAUUGUUCCUCAUCCAGAAACAGAUCCUUCUACUACAGAGAGAACAUAUGCCCUGAUGAAGAAGAUUGGUCAAUCUCCUGUCAAACUAAACAGAGAAGUUGAGGGGUUUGUUCUGAAUCGACUACAGUAUGCAGUGAUAAGUGAAGCCUGGAGACUUGUGGGUGAAGGCAUAAUAUCUCCUACUGAUCUAGACCUUGUGAUGUCUGAUGGAUUGGGAAUGCGAUACGCAUUUAUUGGACCUCUGGAAACCAUGCACCUUAAUGCACAAGGUAUUUCAGAUUAUUGUGAAAGAUAUUCUGAAGGAAUGAGACUUGUUCUGAACACCUUUGGGCCUGUUCCAGAAUUUUCAGGUGAAAUUGUGCAGAAAAUUAAUCAGGCAAUGUCUGAAAAAAUUCCAGUUGUUCCAAAAGGCCUGGAUGCCAGGAGAAAAUGGAGAGACGAAUGCCUCACUGGUCUUGCCAAACUGAAAACACAAAUGAAAUCUGACUAAGGUGCACCUUGUCUAACAGGAGAGACCAAACGAAGAGCAGAUCUUCAUAGCAUGUGGAAAUUUUGAGUCAUGCAGAAGAGACUGAAUGUGCAGCCAAUGAUAUGUGCACAUGAAGAGACCAAUGAAACAUUUGGUCCAAAUUUGUCAUGACAUAAUUCAUGAAUAACUAGAAACAGUUAUUAAAAAGUUCAGUUGAAAUUCAUUAAAAUUACUGUAUCAAUGCAUUAGGUGUGUAAGCAUUAAGUAGCUUUAGCAAUAUUAAUAUUGUGCAAUGCUGGAACGCAAUCAUGUUUUAAAUAAUGCAUUUUUCAGCUUGCUUAGGAAUUCAGCACUUGAACAAUACUUGCUUAUGCAGGGAUCUGAAACAGGCAAACAUCAGCUGUUUGUCACUGGAGAAAAUAAGCCCUCACCCACCAGUCACUGUGACAGAGAGGUUAAUUUGUAUAGCACUGACUGCAGAUAGGAGAAGGUUGUAUUGAGCAAAGAGGAGAUUCACUGGCCAGUGAACUGAGACCUCAGCAGCAGUAAGGGUCACUUCAACUCAUAUCUGUUGCUGUUCCGUAGUGUAGGGGAAA